AAAAUAUGUCCAAUUCAAACAAUUUGCUUAACUUCACUAUGCAUAUUUAUUUGAUGACCUUUUACUUAUUAGUUUCAAUGGGGGGGGAGAAAAAUAUUUUUGAUAAUUCAAAAAAAAAUUACUUUAGAAAGGAGGGAAAUGUUUCUUGAAUGGAAAUGCCGCAAAGCCACAAAAUGAAUGUGGAGAACCCUGGAUCCCCACUUAACCUAAUUCAUCUAUCACAAAGGGGUACAGUGCAGGGGAUGUCCGAAGUCCCAGUAGGGACAAUACCAAAAAAAACCCCAAGCAAGUUAGCCCCGGGGUUCUGAUUAGCACCGUGCUCAUUCAGGCAUUAAUUAAAGUCAGAGCAGCAAUUUCUGGUAAUAGACCUCCCUAUGUUUCACCAACGGGAAUUUAACCAACGCGCUAGAGAAAAAAAAGCCCCCAAAUUUUACUUAGAAGCAGACUUAGACAUAUCACCUUGUAACCUUAUUUUAGAUACCCUGUCUGCAGAUCACCAGACAUAGCGCCGGUGUCUGCCACCCACCCAAGCCUGAGCUUCAUACAUCCUUCCAGGAAUGAAAGUGUUGCAGCCCCAGCAGCACAGGCACUCCGACCGCGGCUGCGGUGGAGUCUGCGCGCUGCAGGCGGUGUGAAUGUCACUGCCUCUUCUCCUCCGCUUCCCUCCCCCCGCUCCCCUUCUCCACGAGCUGCACGCCGGAAGUUGUAGUUCUCCAACCUGGGGCCGAGCCUGCCGCGCCUCCAAGGGUAAGACUACAAAUCCCGUGGAAGGAAGCGAGAGUCGUGCCGGGGAGGGGUGCGGCGAGGACCGCGGAAGGGUUAAGAGGAGCUUUUACUUGACUCACACGUGGGGGCGGAGAAGGGCCAAGCUUAGAACCCAUUUCCUGGCAAAAGAAUCCUUUUAGUUCAGUUGGUCUCGGGCUAGGGAAGUCCCUAGGCGCCCGAUCUCCUGGCGCCGGGAGAAAAACCAAAAAAGGAAAAAAAAAAAAAAAAAAAAAAAGAAAAAAAGAAAAGCAUAGAAAAUCUCCCUCUCUAUUAUUAAUUAUUGUUAUUUAUCUCGCGUGUAAUCCAUUCCUUCCUAGUGCCUCCUCCCUUUCCUGCUUCUCCUCCUCCUGUUGUAACAUGCAAUUAGCGAUCCUGCAGCCACAUUUCCAGGGGUGCUAAAGUUCAUUUCGCUUAUAGCCACCAUGGGGAAUGGGAUGAACAAGAUCCUGCCUGGCCUCUACAUUGGCAACUUUAAAGAUGCAAGAGAUGCUGAGCAGCUGAGCAAGAAUAAAGUUACACACAUUCUCUCUAUCCAUGAUAGUGCAAGACCUAUGUUGGAGGGAGUUAAGUACCUAUGUAUUCCUGCCGCUGAUUCCCCUUCUCAGAACUUGACAAGACAUUUUAAAGAGAGUAUCAGGUUCAUUCAUGAAUGCCGGCUUAGAGGUGAGGGCUGUCUUGUACACUGCCUGGCUGGCGUUUCCAGAAGUGUGACCUUGGUGGUUGCUUACAUCAUGACGAUUACUGAUUUUGGCUGGGAAGAUGCUCUACACAUGGUUCGGGCAGGAAGGUCUUGUGCCAAUCCCAACUUGGGCUUCCAGAAGCAGCUGCAGGAAUUUGAAAAGAAUGAAGUUCACCAGUUUCGGCAGUGGCUAAAAGACGAGUAUGGGGAAGAUCCUUUGAAGGAUGCAGAAGAAGCCAAAAACAUUCUGGGUAAUUACAAAGAGCAAGCCCGUGCAGAACCACCCCAGCAGAAUCCCAGCGGGAGGCGGUGGAAUAGCUUUUCAACCCUGCCAUCGCUAGCCUGCAAUAACUAUACUACGGAGACCUAACUCAACAGGAUGCAGUCUUCUUCCUCCUCUUCUUCCCACUUGUCUUUCAUAUUUUCUGUAUGCACUGUGGUGUGCUGGACCCCUUUGCAGUCCAGAUGGUGUGGGGGUUCGGAGGGCCGCCGGGGUGACUAGGUGAUGGUGGUGGAGGUCUGAGAGUUGUAGUGGUGAAGGAAUCGGGACUUCUCCUAUGCAGAUCUUCAUGCUCCAAGCUCCCUCUCCUUGCCGUGCCAUUGCAGUCCCUCCCCCAAGCGGCCCCAGCCUUAGCUUGCUUUGCAAAAGGGGUGCUGCUCAGUUACAGUGUCCUACUGUGGAAGGAGGGGCAUGCUUGCACACACACACGUGUGGGGGUCUGUGUGCACAAAUGUGUCCUUAUAUAUAUAUAAUGAUUAUACAUAUUAUACAUAUAUGUGUGUGUGUGUGUGUGUGUGUGUGUGUGUGUGUAUAAUACCACCAGUAUUAGAAUCAUGAGUAGCUUUUUGUGGGUCCAGGCUUCUAUGCACAAGUAUUUAAGCCAUUCAUUAACAAAAAACUCUGGAAUAAAAUAGCAUUGUAUGUGUGUGAGCUGACAUUUAAAAGAACUCAAGAACAUAAAUUGGAGGGCUGGAAGGAGGAGGGCUCUCCCCUGGGAGCCUAGUUUGGGGUGAUUUGGAGGAAUGUGGUCCUUUGAAAUCGUUCGGUGUCCAGUUAGCCUUGAGCCAGAGGACUCUGGAGGGCCAGGGUUUUUUCCAGGGGACUUUAGAGCUGUCCUCGGAUCAUCUUGGUCUCGUCCAGGUGGGGCUCCCCAUCUUUCUGGGAGGUGAGCAGACUGCUGAGGUCUGCCAGAUGUUGACCACUGGUCACUGUCCCACUCCUUGUCAGCAAGACACCUCCAAGGUUCCUUCAUGCAUAGAUUUAUUUUUCAGCCCCACUCUGUAAUAGAUUUAUCUCAGGAUUCCUCUGUGUCUGUAGGGAUCUGUGUGUUGUGUCCAAAGAAAGUGUUUAUUAAGCACCUGGACAGUGUUCAUUAAUAAAUGCCUGAGCAUUGAUUAAGCA